GGCGCCCAGAAGCAGCUCAGUCGCCGAGCGAACGAUGGCCGAGUGAGCGCGCCUAACGCGGCCCCCAAAAACAUUCGCAGAAAUCGUACCAGCGAGCGCGUCUGUCCGUCUGUUCCGUCCGUCCGUCCGGCUGGCCGGCUGCCUUGUCGCGCCCUCCCCCUGCCCACGAGCGCGAGUGUGUGAACCACCUCCGCCCAUGGUGUUGUACCGCCGUCGCCGCCGCCGCCGCCGCCGUCGUCACACUCAGGUCGCAUUCGUUAAUUGAUUUUUUUUCUUUUCCCUUAUUCGCUGUUUUCGGCGCGCACCUUCGAACCACGGGCCACGCGAUCCCGUCGGUAUCCCGCUGACGCGUCUCACCAGUCGUCUUCGUCGUCGCACAUACAUAUAUACGACGCCCGCGGUAACGGUACGCGCGCGCGUUACCGACCGUUACCGUUGCCGGAGAACGCGCGGGAGAUGACCAUCACCGCCGCCGGAUGAACGGUAUCGCGGCCGACCCGCUCGAUCGUAACGCGAAUCGCUAGGCGCCGCAGCCACCGCGCGACCGAACGGCUAGCGCGACAUAGCGACAUAGUCGAUUGCAGCGAGACACAGCCCUGGAUUCCAAUUUGCAUGGCCUAAGUUUUAAGUGGCCUCGGAAAAUGUUGAGGAAUUGUUUUUUCGAUCAAAUGAACGGGUAACGAGUGUCCAAAACAAUGAGGGGGCGGGGCCAGAGACCGAUGGAGCCAGGGUAAGCGACGUAUUUACGCGACCCAGCCCCCCCGCCCCCAACAACAUGGAUAAAUCGGAUCGCAGACGCAGGCCUUUUGCCUUUGACAAGAUGGAGGGGCUGGUCAGAGAAAUGAAAGACGAAGAGACUGGGGUGCGUGUAAAAAGUCAAAAGUUAUUUCUCACUUCGAUCCCUUCUGCUUUUGCCGGUUAUAACAUAAUUGAAUGGCUAAUGGACCGUUUAACUGUCGACGAAACUGAAGCGGUCCAUAUAGCCAAUAUGUUAUGUCAAUACGGAUACUUCUUUCCCGUAAACGACUCAAAAACUCUUACUCUAAAAGAUGACAGUUCUCUGUACAGGUUCCAAAUUCCGUAUUAUUGGCCAUGUUCACAAAAGAAUCCUGAUAACGUAGAAUAUGCGAUAUACCUAUCAAAAAGACUGCUAAGAAACAAACAACGACAUGCCUUGGAAGACUAUGAAAUGGACUCAUUGAACAGUCUGAAAAAAAAUCUACAAAACAAAUGGGAAUUCAUCACGAUGCAGGCUGAAGAACAAGUGCGGCUGAGCAAAGAUAGGAAAAAAGGCGAAAAAAUAGUGACUGAUAGUCAAGAAAGGGCGUUUUGGAGAGUACAUCGACCUCCCCCAGGAUGUGUCAGCGUUAUGGAACAAAUACCGAUAAAGAUUGGUGGCAGUUUUUCAACAAAAAAGAAAAGAAGUUCUGAAGAUCUCCGGAGAGAAGUCGAACUGCUUAGAAAUUGUAUAGGGAGAACAAGAGUUAAAACGUCAGUAGCCUUGGACGGUCUAGUUGCAUUUGCUGAGACGUAUAACGAGUACGAUCCAUUAAUCACAGGUGCUCAGCCAUCGAAUCCUUGGGUGACAGACGACCCAACAUUUUGGACGUUCAAUUGCCCAAUGGUGGAAGCCAUAACCGAAAAGCGCAUAAAACGUUGGGCUCUAUCAAUGGAAGAUUUAGUGUCCGAUGCAACAGGUCUCUACGAGUUCACAAAUUAUCUCCGGAAGGAAUACAGCCACGAAAACAUUAGGUUUUGGUUGGCGGUCAAUGAUUUGAAACGGAGCUGUCAGUCACAAAUUCUGCAAAGAGUCAGAGAAAUAUAUGAUGAGUUCCUUGCGCCCGGCGCUCCAUGUGAAAUCAAUAUCGACGGCAAGACGAUGGAAAGAACGCAUAAAGAAAUGAAAAUCCCGUCUAGAUUUACGUUCGACGGUGCUGCGGAACAUGUGUACACAUUACUGUUGAAAAAAGACUGUUAUCCUAGGUUCAUAAGGUCGGAGCAUUACAAAAACCUGCUCGCUAAUGGAGUCCAGCCCUCGGCCAGACGAAGAUUUUUUGGGCUGGUCGGCGGCGCUGCCAACAAAAAGGCAGAUUGCAAAGAACGCAUAAGGAGCACUGCAGGAUGUUCGAGCACACAGGGUACGUCAUCGUCGUCGGUCUUACAAGCCAAUCAGUCGUCGUCGUGUAGCAGCGCAAAGCGAAGGGGCAGCGACAGGAGCCUGACCAGCUCACCACACGAGCUUCCAAUAAAUUCUGUUAAAGUCUCGCAAUCCCAUAGUCAAUCUAAUCUCAGUGACAUACCCUAUAGGGGAGAUUUACCUUGCACACCUUCCUCUCCAAGUUCCAACCAAGAUAACCUUAGCGGUGGCGUGGAGGAGUGCGUCGAACCGCAGCUACCCGCGAUGUUGGCGGACGACGUGUGUCCGUGGGACGUGGCCGACGGUAGCGACAAGAACAAGCGAGCGCUGCCGGCGUCCAUAGCCGAAGAACGCGAGCGCCGGCUGUCCACGACGUCGUCGCGCAAGAACUCGGGCGGCGCGGCGUACGAUUCGGCGGCGAGCGCGGACGAGAGCCAAUCCGAUUCGGUGGCCAGCCGUCUGCGGCGGAGCUGCGGUCUGGGUGGCGGCGGCGGCAGCACGGACAGGCGCCGCGGGUCGUCGGCCGCGUGCACGCCGCAACAGACCGUCGACCGGCCGUCGGUGUCGUCGGCCGAGGACUUUGACCUUGGUCCGUCGCCGGAGAGCAGGUCGCCCGAAAAGCAGCCGUCAACGUCACCGCACGAACCGGCCGUGGCCGCGUCUUCACUGGACGACAAGUUGAAUAGAAAGAAGCUGCUGAAAUCGCUGUCUUUGGCGAGGAAACAGAGCGUGACGCCCGUCAUUAACGUCAGCUCGGUGGACAGGGACAACGGGUGUGACCAGACCGCCGCGGACACCGUCGACGAAAUAACGUCGGCCGCCACGGCCACGGUGGCCGAAGGUGUCACCUCCACCGCCGGUACAGGAGCUGGUUGCGGAGGCGGUCACCCACCGGAAACCGUAGCUUGCUGCAGUGGAGCGGAGGCGGCCACAGCGACUGCGGCCGCGUCCAUCAGCGAUGGCAACGACGUGUGUCCUUGGGAAGACGAACACAACCAAGAUAAAGGCGGCCGAUUUUUAAAGGUGUACGAGACCUACGGUUUUCUCUGAACGUUUUUCUCCAAUGCACAUUCCAAAUUCUAUUAUACGUUGUGUAAAUAUACGCAUACAUUAUAUACUACUUCUCGUAUAUAUUAUUUAUAUACAUAUAGUAUAAAUAUAUUAUAUAUUAUAUAAUAAUA